AUGGACCAAGCCAAACCCCCCCCCACUAUUAGCACCAGUGCCAGUACUAGUUGCCCGGGGUCAGGGUCUUUGAUCUCAAUUCAACGCUUCCUCAUAGCAUACCCAGAUCGAGAAGGCCAUCGUGCAGCCAAUCAAAAAUCCGGUCUUUUGCUAGCGUGGGGGCAGGCUGAGGUAUGGUACUAUACCGGUACUCCUUUGGGACCCUCCAGGUGCGACAAGACCCUGCUAUCAAAAGCCGCUGCAAACGAGAGCAGGGCAAAUUUCAUCAGCAUCUGCGGUCCGGAAUUACUUGGCGUGUGUUUGGCACACCAUGACCGGGAGCUGUUCGUUAUCUCAAAUCAUGGUUGGAGAUAG